UGUGAGUGGCAUUAUUAAUAGUGGAGUGGAGCGGAUCGCUACUCCCGGAUGUAGCUGCGGUCUGCCUCCUCUCGUUUGAUCCCCAUCACAGAACAAGCGGUCGAGAUGGAUGUUGUCAACCAGUUGGUGGCCACUGGGCAGUUCACAAUCAUCAAACAGCCGUUAGGAUUCAUUAAAGUCUUACAGUGGUUCUUUGCCAUUUUUGCGUUCUCCACCUGUGGCGGUUACUCUGGAGUGUUUCGUCUGAGUGUGGAGUGUAAGAACCGCUCAGAGAGUGACCUGAACAUCGAGGUUGAGUUUGGCUAUCCGUUCAGACUGCACCAGGUGUGGUUUGAUGUUCCUACGUGUAAAGGGCCGGAGCCAGAGCGUCUGUUUCUUGUGGGAGACAACUCUUCUUCUGCUGAGUUCUUUGUCACCAUCGGUGUCUUUUCCUUCCUUUACUCAAUGGCAGCCCUCUCUGUGUACAUCUUCCUCCUGGAGAAAUACCAUGAGGGAAACAAAGGUGCUCAGGCUGAUUUUGUGGUGACUGCUGUCUUUACAUUUAUGUGGUUGGUGAGUUCAGCAGCAUGGGCCAAAGGUCUCUCAGACGUAAAGAGGGCAACCGACCCUGAUGAUGUCAUCAACCUCAUUGAUGCGUGUGAUCGUGAGGAGAAUCGCUGCAAAGAAAUCCAUGAGCCUGUUGUGUCUGGCCUUAAUACAUCUGUGGCGUUUGGGUUCUGUAAUAUGGUGCUGUGGGCAGGGAACUUGUGGUUUGUCUUCAAGGAAACAGGUUGGCUUGCAGCCUUUGCUGGCACUUAUGCGCCCUCUGGAGAAAAGCAGCCAGCACCAGACUCCAUCGGCCAAGGCUAUGAGCAGGAAGGUUAUGGACAGGAACAGUAUGCCAGCUCCCAGGGCGGGUACCAGCCCGACUAUGGCCAACAGGGGGGUGGAUAUGAAGGUGGAGGCUACAACCAAGGAGUGUAUGGUCAGGGCGCACCCACCUCCUUCUCCAAUGAGAUGUGAGCCCAGCCACAGUGGCUGAAGCUCUGCACUGAUUACAGCAAGUUGCCAUUCAUGUGAUCAGCUGGCGUGGAAACUGCAGUAUUAGCUAUGUUUCCACUUUCUUAAUUUUUUUUUAAAAGGGAAGGGGGAGGGGCACAUACAAUCAUAACUGAGGGCACAUGCAUUGGGCCCAGGAGGAAGUGUGCGCUGUUGUGGCAAAAAAUUAUCAACCAACCAUUAUCACUGCGUAAGAGACACUCUGACUCAAACAGUCUUUUAAAAUAAAUGUAUUCUUGCAAGAAGACCCAGUCAUUACACAGCAACCCGUCUGUGUCAUGAGAGAGUGUUUUUUAUCAGGCAGGGCUGCCUUUCUUAUACAUUUCCCCCCCCCGAGGUCAACUGGCAGAAGCAGAUCUUCCUCCCCCCUUCUCUCCCUCUGAUACAGGGACUAGGCUACUAGGCCUGAUUUACUAUUAACCAGCCCAAACGUACCCCCCUGUACUACAUGACCUCUGACCUGAAGAGGGCAGAGGUCCCCACUCAGCCUGGACCGAGGUGUCUCUGUUCUGCUGUUCAGUCAUAAAUACUGUCCCUUGUUCAGACAUAAAUUUCCCAAUGUCUUCUCUCUUUCCAGAUCAGAAGACCAGAUGGCAUUCCUGUGCGAUGACUGAGUCUUGACCACUGAUUAUCAAAUAUUUCUACAACAGCGCCUAAUUUUAAUAUGCUGCCUAUUCUUACUUUAAAUCCUCUGGGGUAUUACCCAUCCUGUUAUAAGUAAACACUUGAACAUGCAUCCAAAAAACUAGUUGAGAACUAUUAUGGAUAGGUAAUGUACGGGACAUAGUUUAAAUGAAUUAUAUCAUUUUUAGUAAUAUUAAAUUGAAUCAGUGUUUGUCUGUGUGGUGUAAAUAUGAAAUAUAUUUAAAUAGAUAUACAGUAUUGUGUAUUGAACUUAACGUUGCUUUUUAUAUUUGUUAUUUAAUUUGUAGUCCCCACAUUUGUUCACUUUCUUUUUAUUUAUUGUAGUGGUGUUUUUCCCAUAUUACCAAUCCAUCAUCAUUGUUCAACCCACAGUAAGAGCUAACCUUAAACCUUCUACUGAAUGUGUGAUAUUUUUCCUUAUUUAUUUGUGUAAAACAUUCUUCUAAGGUUUGUAAGAACACAAAUUAGAUUUUGAGUUAUGUGCCAGUAACUGCUACAAGAAAGUAUUAACAGAAGUCAGUAGUUUGAGAUGAAAUUAAGGGAGAGAAACUGAUUAAACAUUCAAACAUUACCCAAGACUACAUGGAUCUAUUUGGCCCCUGUUCUUCAUAAUGUACACACAAAUUAUGCAGAAGAUUUAUGUUCGUUAGUGUUCUGGUUAUAUAUAUCCAAACCUUUAUGAAUAUAACAUCAUUUCAAAUGUGCAGAUAUGUGUUAGUGAUGAUAUUAAAAGCUAUAUUGGAAAGUGAACACUUUUGAAGUCUGGCAUGAGAACCUCAGUACUUGAGCAUCGGUUCUAGUUCUGUGUAACACUGCCGAGUUGUGAAUGAACUAUUUGUAUCCUUCCUGAAAAUUCAUUUCCAUGUGUUUUGGCUUUUUGUUGAUACUGAAAUGUAUUUUAUAUGCUGAAUUUCACAUGAGGAUUCUUUCUUUCUCUCCCUCACUAUAUUGUCUGAUAAUGCAAUAAAAUGAUGUUAGA